AUGAGACUUCCCCAUCCUCCUGAGAGACUCAUCUGAGCGCUUGCUUGUACAGCGUGGCUUUUCUCCAUUGCGCGGACGGGGGAGAGAACCGAGCGUGGGCGUGGACACGUUACCAUUCAAACGACUCGAGGCAGAAGCAGACACUAGUGAAGUGGAGACGAAGCAGCAUCUCAUUUCAUUGAUAAGCAAAAGUGGAAACCGUACUGAUACUUUAACCGGACAAACUCAUAAAUCCGACCGGCAGCAACACCUGUUCAGUGUUAUGGCAAAAGGAGAGGGAGCCGAGCAAAUAUCAGCCGGUUUGUUACCUACGACCAAACCCGUGACUCAAGAUGCAAUAAAAAUUGCCAAGUUUUCCUCACAGCAGGAGAGGAUUACACCUCUGACUGUGUGCAGUAAGGUGUGUUUUGCAAUAGGAGGGGCUCCGUAUCAGAUCACAGGAAGCGCCUUGGGCUUCUUUCUGCAAAUCUUCUUGUUGGAUGUUGCGCAGUUGGAUCCUCUCAAUGCUUCUGUAAUCCUGUUUGUGGGUCGGGCCUGGGAUGCUGUGACUGAUCCCACAGUUGGGUUUUUAAUCAGCAGAUCGCCAUGGACACGCCAUGGACGCAUGAUGCCCUGGAUUCUGGUGUCCACCAUACCAGCUGUGUUUUGUUAUUUCUUGAUAUGGGUGGUUCCACCCAUAGAAAAUGGCAAGAUGUUGUGGUAUCUGGUCUUCUACUGUUUGUUUCAGACACUACAGACAUGUUUUCAUGUGCCAUAUUCUGCACUGACCAUGUUCAUCAGCACUGAACAGAAAGAACGAGAUUCUGCCACAGCGUACCGCAUGACCAUAGAGGUGUUGGGUACAGUAAUUGGCACGGCUGUUCAAGGGCAGAUUGUGGGCAUGGCCAACAGCCCUUGCAUUAACACUACGUCUGUCACCAACAGCUCCAAUCACUCCAUGCAGGGCAACAGCUCUCAUAUCUCACUGGAUGAAAAACUAUUUAAUGAGAGGUGUGCAUACAUGAUUGCAUCUGCAGCCAUAAGUAUAAUCUAUGUUUUGUGUGCUGUUGUGCUGUUUCUUGGAGUAAGAGAGCAGGACAAUGAGGCCAAGUUGAAACCGCAGAGGCGUGCGUCAUUUCGAACGGGUCUGCGGAAGGUUAUGAGUCACGGGCCGUAUGUUAAACUGGUGCUGGCCUUUCUCUUCACAUCUCUGGCUUUCAUGCUAUUGGAAGGAAAUUUUGCUGUAUUCAUUAAAUACACGCUGGGAUUCAGAAACGAGUUUCAAAAUAUCUUACUGGUCAUAAUGCUCUCGGCCACUGUCACCAUCCCCAUGUGGCAGUGGUUCCUCUGUCGCUUUGGAAAGAAAACUGCUGUGUACAUCGGCAUUACUUGGGCGGCGCCUUUCAUGAUCCUGAUAGUUUGUCUGAAGAGCAACCUCAUCGUGUCGUACAUUGUGGCUGUUGCAGCUGGUGCCAGUGUGGCUGCGGCCUUCCUUCUACCCUGGUCAAUGCUUCCUGACGUAGUGGAUGAUUUCAAAGUCCAGAAUCCCGACUCUCAAGGCCACGAGGCUAUUUUCUACUCUUUCUAUGUCUUCUUUACCAAAUUUGCCUCUGGAGUGUCGCUUGGGGUAUCAACGUUGGCAUUAAGUUUUGCAGGUUACGUAACAGGAGCUUGUGUUCAGCCCGAUUCAGUAAAUUUUACGUUGAAAAUGUUGGUGUCGGCUGCUCCUGUAUUACUUAUAGCUCUUGGGCUACUCAUCUUUAAAUUGUAUCCCAUCGAUGAAAAACGCAGGCAAUAUAACAAUAAAGAACUGCAGCUGCUCUUGUUAAGGAGUGUAGAUCAAGACUCUGAGAUGGAGGCCUUGAGGCCUGAUAUCAAAGCAUAAAAUACCACCAAUUGCUGUUCACAAUGUGGCCUGCAGAGGGUGCCAAAUUACAUCUUAACCGAUGCAAAGAGAAAAACUAUAAGCUGAAUAUUCAAGAGACACUCAGAUGGUUACCAACAGAGGAUCGAUACAGACCUUAAAUAUCUGCACUACUGUUUUGACAACUACAUAAAUGUUUACAGCCUUAAUAACAACAUGUCACUGUCUGCUGCUUUCUAACAUCUCCCGUGUGAACAAGGUGGACUUAUAUAAUGAAGUAAUCCUGAAGUUCAGAUAAAAAAACUCUUUUCUCAUUUGCAAAAAUGGAUUUGUACUUUGUUUUCUGCGUGUUAGGGAAAUGUUAAGUUGCAUAUGUUUCAGAAAAUGUGUUUACCUCAAUGUUAUAUAGACAUAUGCAUUGAUUCGCACAAAUGGAAGGGGUAAAGUAUUUAUAUUGAAACAAGAAAGGACCAUUUUCACUUAUUUAUUAAAGAUUCAAAAUCGUACUGUAGGCAGUUGAUUAGGUUGAAUUUUUUUAUGGUUUUGUAUUUAUUUAUAGUGCCUUAUUCUGCACAAAAAUAGUGAGAUUUGCCUACAAUCCCAAUUAAUAACAGAAAUUUACACAGGUGAAUAAGGUCUUAAUUUACUGCCAUCACAGCUUAUAGGACAUCUGUUCUUUUCAGGUGUGCCAAAGAAAUAGUCCAUUUCAAAAAAGAAAUAAUGUUAAAGACUAAGUCUUUAUGCAAUGUUAAAUUGUACAGUAUGAUUUUUGCAUUAUAAAUUGUCACAGUUUUUGUGUAAUGUGUGAGAAAGUAUGCACUGAAAGUGUGGAUGGUGAUUAUUGAUGAAAGAUACUGUGAGUUUUCUAUUUAUACCUCACAAGCCUAAGAAACCUUAGCUUUGGAUUAUUGUCUGCAAUGUUUUGCGUAAAUUUUUGUGUAACUUGCAGUCUAUUAUUGUGAACUGACAUAAACAUGCAAAAAUGGAAGGAAUGGCCUCUGGAAUUUUGGGUUUACCCAACUGAUAAAGGUUACUGAAAUUA